CCGGGAGGGCGCGGGAGGUGCCGGCAAUGUCCCGGCGGCCGGAGGACACAGCGGGGGCGGCCGGCAGGGACUGUCACUAGCUCAUCCACUGCCCUGAUUCUUGCCCUUGGAGGAAACCAGUCAUGGGGGAAACGGGCAAAGAAGAGUACAAAAUACAGUCCUUCGACUCAGAGACUCAGAAGCUGCUGAAAACAGCCCUCAAAGACCCCAGUAAUGUGGACCUGGAGAAAGUGGCCAAUAUUAUAGUGGACCAGUCCCUCAAAGACUCUGUGUUCAGCAAGGAGGCUGGGCGCAUCUGCUACACCAUCAUCCAGGCAGAGAGCAAACAAGUUGGCCAGAGCAUCUUCCGGAGGAGCCUGCUGAACCGGCUGCAGCAGGAGUACAAGGACAGGGAGGAGCUGCGCACUCGCUCACUCCAGGCCUGGAUCUGCUACGUCACCUUCAUCUGCAACAUCUUUGACUACUUGAGGGUGAACAACAUGCCCAUGAUGGCUCUGGUGAACCCCGUGUACGACUGCCUGUUCCGGCUGGCACAGCCCGACAGCUUGCAGAAGGAGGAGGAGGUGGACUGCUUGGUCCUGCAGCUCCACCGCAUUGGUGAGCAGCUGGAGAAGAUGAAUUCCCAGCGGAUGGACGAGCUCUUCUCCCUGCUCCGAGAUGGUUUCCUUCUGCAGGAGGGGCUCAGCUCCCUGUCCCAGCUCCUGCUGCUGGAGAUCAUCGAGUUCCGGGCUGCUGAGUGGAAGAUGACGGACGCUGCCCAGAAAUAUUAUUACAGUGAAGUGACAGAUUAACCUCCCAAGGCAGAGGAAUUCCCAGCACCUUCACCAGCAAGCUUCAUACCAAUUUGGAAUUUUUCACAUUAAUUUUCUAGCACUCCCUGUAAAUAGGAUUUAUACUGGCUAGAGCCUCUCUGCACCUACUGUCAGAUGCAGCUGGUGCUGGUCUGACUUUGGAGGUUCAGAGCAGUAGGAAGGGCACAUUUUACCCAGCAAGUUCUCCCACUGAUUUUGUCUUAAUAUUGGGCUGCUGUUGUUAGCCAAGGGCUCGGGAGGCUUGUAGCUCACACCAGCAUUUUCUAUGACUGUUAAAGAAAGCACAGUUUAGGCUGAGAACAUUCUGCUUCACCCCAAAGCCAGCAGAGCUGUGGGAGGCAGCAGGGAACUCUCCCAGCUCAGAUUGUACCUGGUUCUCUGGGAUGGGUCACAGAACACACCAUGGCCUCACAAACAGCUCAACCAAGUGCUUUUUUUCCCAGACUUCUUCCAGCAGGCUGGCUGCACCUGCAUGGACACAGCUCUUCCACAGCUAGGAAUACCUGCCACAGGGCAGCCUGCAACAGAAGAGGUCCCUGAGCACAUGUAGGAACAGGUUUUAUAGGUUUUGUACAAUAACUGUCACUUUUUUCUAGAAUUUGCAAGUUUCAGCUACGGUAUAUUUCUUAUAAGAGUGGAAGAGGAAGAAAUAAAACAAAAUAGUCUACUGAAGGGUUUUUUUCUAAUAAAAGUUUUCCACUAAUGUA